AGGAGGCCUGUGAUUGGCUAGCUUCCUUGGUUACCAAACACUACCAAAAUGACUUCCCAAAGUGACACAUACUCUUUCAGCCGAAGCAAUCCUUCUAUUGCACUCCGUCGGAUUCUCCUACUGCAGGCCCAUAUUCGUGGUUUUGUUGUCCGACAUCGGAUGAAAAAACUAAGAACAGAAUUUGAGGAAAUUAUGCAGGAAAUUCAUCCCAAUAGAAAUCUUCAUGUUGUUUGGAAAAGAAAUUUGUUAUGCUUACCUGAAUUUUCUUCAAAGAAAGAAAGUUGUAAACCAUUCCAGUUGAGUUCUAAACCAAAUAAAUCAAAACCUCCUGAACUUCUAACUAGACAAGAGAACCAUUCAAUUCCUGGAAAUUUUAACAAACAUUCUUCAAAAACAUCAGAUUCUUUGAACCGGUGUCUACAUAAUCAAACAUCUAUAAAUACCACUGAACAUUACAAUAUACAAGGAACUAAUAGUGAAAGAGACAAAGAAGUACAUAGAGGUGAAGAAUUGGUUGAAAAAGAUAAGAAUCAUAUUAUAGAAGACUCUAUUGAGUCAGAGCAACUGAAGAACGAGAGAAAAAUUUCCUUGCAUACGGACAGCAGUGAGACAGAUUUUGAUAGAAAAGCUCCAAAUCAUCGUGAUCAUUUAUUUAGAAAUGGAAAUGGUCUUCCAAGAAAUUCAAGAAAAGAACAGUUCAUGAAAAAUGGCAAUGGCUCCAUUUCUACAGCAUCAUUUUGUCUGCCUGUAUCUUCUCCUACACCAUUUGACUGUUCAUCUUUGACUGAUGUCACCUCAGUUUGGGACAGCACCCCAUCAUCUCCAGAUAUCACAUUAGAUGACAUCCAGGCUUCAGAAACUUCAAGCUCUUUGCUGCAGGAGAGACAGAAUUUGGCCAUGGAGUUAGUGUGGAUACAACAAGCAAUAUCAAGUCGGAAAAAUUAUCUCCAGCUGAAGUCUCAGAUUGAAACAUGAUUCCAUACCAAGCUUCAGCAUUUGACACAAGAGUUUUGAAAUAUGGAGAGUUGCCAGGGCAAUGGAUGUGAACAUCCCUGAAAGAAAACAGUGUUCCUAUGGUUCAAUCAGCCAAAGAAUAAAUGAACCCUUGUGUUAGCAGUCUGUAUAUCAGUAGAGACUAACUACAAACAGUAUGGCUGGAGACUAUACACAAGACUGACUUUUAUUGGAGAGCUAACCAACAGAGGCAUGACUAGAAAAUAUGCUUUCCAACAGCCUCCCGGUGCAGCCAUGAAAGAAUGCAAAAGUUUCUCUGGUCUGUCAUGCCUAUUAAGGGGUGGGCACCAAAAGUGUGUUUGUUCUUGGAUACUGAGAAACUUUGUUAUGCUAUUGGAAAUCAGUACCUGUAUAUUACAGGUAUUUAUUUUAUUGAGCCCUGCAGGGAUAAGAUAAAGAACAAAGUCGACCCAUAAAGUAGAGAAAUAUAGUUCAAUACCAAGAAGUCAUCAUCAUCAUCAUCAUCG